ACUGAUGUUAACGAUCGUAACUGAAAGGCUGCCUGCCAAACGUAAACAUUCAGCCACGUGACUUGCAAACUCUCGCGAGAGUUUUACACAAGACGGAUCCUUUCUAGCCAUAACCCAGAUAUGUGGCUGUAUCUUUUAUAUCAAUAAGAGUGGCUUGUUAGCUCGCUCACUUUGCAACACGAAUCUCGAUUCGGUUAAAACCCCGUUAGAGACGGUGUAGGUUCGUCAGCGGAACAGCGGAAGAAGGAGGCAAUAAGAGAUGUCUCACUAUUCAUCCUCCCGCAGCUCGUCUCGGGCCACCGACUGUAAAGUGUACGUUGGUGACUUGGGCAAUGGUGCUGCCAAGGGGGAGCUGGAGCGAGCAUUCAGUUAUUAUGGCCCACUGAGGACCGUCUGGGUGGCCAGGAACCCACCUGGGUUUGCCUUCGUGGAGUUUGAGGAUCCCAGGGAUGCAGAAGAUGCUGUGAAGGGCAUGGAUGGAAAGAUUCUUUGUGGUUCCCGUGUUCGUGUGGAGCUCUCGACAGGCCUCUCCAGGAAGGGCCGUGGACGCCCCAGCCGACGCCAGUUUGACCCCAAGGAUCGGUGUUACCAGUGCGGGGACCGAGGCCACUACGCCUAUGACUGCUACCGCUUUAGCAAGAGAGGAGGCCGUCGCAGCAGGUCCCAUUCUCGUUCUAGAUCUCGCUCAAGGUCCAGGUCCCGUGGGCGCCGUUAUCUCUCUCGCUCCCGCAGCCGUAGCCCCAGCAGGAGCCGCCGCCGAUCUCCAUCCUAUUCCAGACGCAGGAGCCGGUCUGGCUCUCCAGCCCGUUCCAAGUCCAGGACGUCAGUGAGAAGUCGUUCCAAGUCUCGGUCUCGGUCCACCUCUGCACCCAGAGGGCGCUCUUCGCACAGAGGUCGUUCCCCCCCCAGAGGUCGUUCCCCCCCCAGAGGGCGCUCCCCCCCCAGAGGGCGCUCCCCCCCCAGAGGGCGCUCCCCCCCCAGAGGGCGCUCCGUCUCACGUUCCCGCUCACGAUCUCAUUCAGCCGACCACAAAAGGAACAGCGUGUGGUGGGAGCUGAGCACUGCACUGACACCACAGCUGAUCCCAGGCCCAUGGUCUGCCAGCUGGCGGUGUGUACGUCCUGCGGGAGGGUGACUAAGCGCUGACCUGAGAUCAGCCUUCGCCUGCAUCUGGUGUUAGACAGCGAGAAAGAGGUCGACCUUCCGACCUACCCCCCCACAGUGAAUGGGUGACCGUCUGUUCGACCGACGCACACGCUCAGACGAGAUCAGCCCGUGCACACAUUCAGUUGUUCUACUAGAGUCUUCAGAAGUACCAGAGGGCUGACCCACACAGAUCAUUUAAAUCCAUUACCUACCUACCAGACCCCCCUACCUACCAGAGUUCUUCGGCCUCUGUCUUAGCUUCUGAAAGGGAGAGAAAGAGCUGACGAGAGAUCAGACUUCAAGAGCCUCCCACCGCAGUCUCUCCGAGUUGUAGUCAUCCUUCGCUUCUCUGUACUUGUUGUUUCUGCCACUGUCUCCAAAGGUAACAAAAAAACAAACCCCCUGAAAAGCUCAUGUUCAUGGUGAAAGAAAUGCACAGGCUUGGUGUAGUCUUCAAAACUGGUGAUUAGAGAGCUAUAGUUGAGCCUUUAACAAGCAUGCUCAGAGUACAAAUGUGUUUGUAUGCGUGAGUGGCUGGAUGAUUGAGUGAGUGCAAGAGAGAGAGAGACAAGAUGAGAUUCAAUAGAUUAUAUUUCUGAGGGGGGCAUAAGGCGCUUUCACACCAAGUACUUUGCUGUACUUAGUUCCCAGUACUUAGUUCAUGAGAACUCUUUAGUUCCCGCAAAAAAAAGUUCUAGUUCCAGAUCUUUUUGGUGUGAACGCAAAAUCCCAGGAACUAUCGGAACUAUUCCUGGGAAAAGUAAUCCGGUGUGAAAGCGCCUAUAGUCAAAUGGUUUUUUUCUUCUUGUGCCCAGGUCUCACUAAACAUUUUUACCACUGUCAAAUACAAUUAAACAAUCCCCGAAGUAUUUGGUGGCCGUCCAAAUUCUAUAUCCUUAGUUAAAAGUAAUGACUGGCAUAAAUAUAACACCAUACAAACAGCUAAAUGUAUUUUUAAAAUUAUUUGUUAAAUACACAUAUGUUAUAUAGCGAAAACAUUGUCAGAGAAUAAAAUCAGUGUUUAUUUGUAGUUUACUUUUUCUUAGGUUAUAUCUACUUUCUUGUCCUGUACAUGUCCCAAAAUGUAAUUGUUAUCAUCCCCAAUCAUUUUUUUGCAUCUCUGGGAUGAAUGCACACAUUUGAGUUUGAGCCCUGCUUCUGCCAUACAUGACCAUUUUAGGCUACUUCACCAAUAAAGUAUUUAUUUUAGUACUCCUAAGAACUUUAUAAUAAACCAUUUUUAAAAAGUAUUUUAGUACUCCUUAGAACUUUAUAAUAACCAAUAAAAAUAUGGUGGCUUUUAAUUGUGCAGUUCCUUCUCCGGUCAUGACAUUAAACACUCGUAAAAAAAAAAAAUGCCUAAAUGUCUCUUCAGAGUAUACUAUGUUAACAAUCUGCUGUAGUUGCAGGUGGGGAGACUGUCAAUGACCUGUCAGUUUUUUAAAAGACUGUUUUCUCCCCAGGUGUGUUUGUGUAUUUCACUCUUCACCCUGGACAAUUAUUUAUUUGAAAUGCAAAGUUUAGUCGCCUUAGACAAAUAUAUAUAAAAAAUUACAGGUGUACGAAAAUACUUUUUGACUCUUCACAUUAAAACUUGUUCUGACAGGUUAAAGAGGUAUUCAGACUGUUUACAAGUAUCAGUGUGUAUCCGGUCAUGAACUUUCUCAAAAGGUUAAAACUGUGUCAGAUGUUGAGAACUGUGGAAUUUCUGUCUGAUCAUUCUUCCAUCCUCCCCUGUGGCAAGCUAAUCCCUCUUUAUUUUUGUUUCAGUCGUUCCCGUUCAGCAAGCCCUCACCGCAGCCCUACGCCUGCAGCCGACUGAGAGAAGAAGACUUAUUAUUCCUUAUCAGACUCAACCCCUGCACCCGUCUGCUCUCACUGGCUGACUAUUCCGAAUCUUUUUUAAGUUACAUUUUCUUCCCCAUGAUUGUAUUCUGUGUGCAGGUUGUUGGUCAGUAUAGUAAAAAAAGAAAUUAGUUUCUAUUUGAUUGUUUUAAUUGUUGCUUCUGCUGCAUAUCUUAUCUUCCUUAUUUAUAGUGGGGUAGCAGAAGCUACACUCCUGUUAAGGUAAUACUAAAUGUCGCCAUUGACUUUAAGCAAGGUUUUGAGCAGUUUAAAAGUAGACUUUAAGAUUGAGUUCUUGAGGUUAGAGACAUUGCAGUGAAAACUGUUUUUUUUUUCCUAAAAUGUGUCGAAUCUCAAACUAUUUUUCUCCAUUGAGAAUUGGCUGAAUAUUAUAAUAUUGUAAUGCCUCCAUUUUGAUUUCUGAAAUCUGAUGCUGUUAAAUGCUUCCUCUCAUGAUGGCAUACGGAGGUAUUUGUUGUCCGCCAUGCCUUUAAAAUGACGUCACAUUUGUACUGUUUGUUUCUGUCCUGCACUGUCCCUUUUAUCAACCUAAUCAGUUUCACUGUGUGCUGAAUUGAUGUUCCCCAUGUGUUGAUCUCGGAUUUGUUCCAGUCACUUUUAAUUUUACAGUAUACACAGUGCUGAAUUUGAUUUAUGUAUGACUGCUUUAACAGCUUUGAGCUGUUCCUUGCUUAUAUGAUAGGACAGUGGCAGUUUUAUUUGAGAAUAAACCUCUUAAACAUA